CCUUUCCCAGUUUCCCGUUCGUCUCUCCAAACCUGCGAGGCGGCUCCCUCCCGCCAUUCUGAUUUGGCUUCCCGCCCCAAUUCCCGCCGCAGCAUAAACCUCCCCCCCCCCCCCCCCCCUACAAAAGGCAUCAGCCUGCGCCCUCUCCCCCUCUCGCGCCGCUGCGCUCCCCAAUCCAUCAACGCUGCCGCGCGCGAUCCCUUCCUCCCCUCUGCGGCAAGCCUCGCCUCCCCCUCCUCACCUCUCCGCCCGGCGGCGGCGGCGGCGGCGAUGAGCGCGGUGAACAUAACCAACGUGGCGGUGCUGGACAACCCCACCGCCUUCCUCAACCCCUUCCAGUUCGAGAUCUCCUACGAGUGCCUCAUCCCCCUCGACGACGAUCUGGAAUGGAAGCUUAUAUAUGUUGGAUCUGCUGAAGAUGAAAAUUAUGACCAACAAUUAGAGAGUGUGCUUGUUGGCCCUGUCAAUGUUGGGACCUACCGUUUUGUACUCCAGGCUGACCCACCGGAUCCCUCAAAGAUUCGUGAAGAAGACAUAAUCGGUGUUACUGUGCUGCUAUUGACAUGUUCCUACAUGGGACAAGAGUUCAUGAGGGUAGGUUACUAUGUGAACAAUGAUUAUGAUGAUGAGCAACUGAGAGAAGAGCCUCCAGCAAAGCUUCUAAUAGACAGGGUGCAGAGGAACAUUCUGGCUGACAAGCCCCGUGUCACCAAGUUCCCAAUCAACUUCCAUCCUGAACCCAGUACGAGUGCAGGGCAGCAGCAGCAGGAGCCACAGACAACUUCGCCGGAAAACCACACAGGCGAUGAUGGAAGUAAGCCCAGUGCUGAUCAAUGAUCGGAGUGAGGAUGCUAACAUUUUGAUGCGUGUGCAUUUAGGAUAUCUUGCGAUGCUGUGAGUGGCAAUUAUGCUUCUGCAUUCUCCUAGGUUGUCAUUUUGGUGGCGCAUCUUAUGGAAGGCAAAUGUUCCCUAGUUCUUGGUAGUUGUUGAAAACCGUCUGUUCUCUUGAAAUCUGCCAAUCUGGAUAAGGGUACUUGCGUCUGUCUGUUUCAUCAAAUGCUGGAUGUUUCCCUUGCUUAGACCAUAGGGUGCUACAGCCAAGAGUGCCAUUGAUUAGUCAUGGGUACUUUGUUUGUGGUCUAUUAGAACUCUAGAUUAUUGUAACUAACCGGAAUCCUUUUGCGCACUUUGUGCAAGUUAAAUGGUAUGAUCCGUAAGCGAGAUGCUUGUUCA